CAGGUGUUUGUUAGGCGGGAACAUUUACAAAGGCGGCGUGGUGACCGUCCUGGAAGACGAUGAGCUGGACUGCCAGCCCGACCCGUUUAUGAUCCAGGUGAGUGAACCUGGAGCUGCAAGGGUGGCGAGGGAGCGGGAGGAAUCCAAACUGAACCUUCCUCACCCCGCAUUUUCUCUGCCUUUAGGGAAAGAGGGUCUAUGGCGGACCUCAAAUGAUUCAACUCAGCUUGGAUGGCAAGAGGCUGUACACAACGACCUCUUUGUACACACCUUGGGACAAGCAGUUUUACCCUCAGAUGGUCAGGUAAGAGCAUCAAGCAGCUAACUGGCUGAUUCCGCCCCUUCUUCCCCUGCUCUGUACUGAAAUCUGGGAUGUGUGUAUCACAAGUUCAGGGGGUUGGACUAGAUGACCCUCGGGGUCCCAUCCAACGCUGCAAUUCUGUGAUUCUGUAAGUGUCACAGCCUCCCUGCCAGGGAGGUGCUAGGGACUGAACCUGGCACCUUCUGCAGGCAAAGCAAGUGCUAAUGCACUAAGCUAUGCCCCUUCCCUUAAAUAUAAUAGCAAGAUUCCAGUCCUCAUGGCUCUUUUUCUUUAAAAAUAUUUUAUUAAAGCUGAAAUAUACUCGGAGUCGAGAGUGGAUUUCAUGCUCUUUAUUCAGCUCAUAGUGGUGAGAAGGAAUGGAAGUUCCCCCAGAAUCUGCUUUAUAUACAUUAUUUACACAAUGGGCCCCACGUGAUUGGCUAAUUCCGGGAUUCUCCUGUAGGCCAAUCAGGUUGUGGGUUCACUUCCACCUGGAGCUUGAUUGGGUGGCUCCUGCGGAUUCAAUCAGACUACUGCAUUCUGGAUUCUAUUGUUCUAGGGCCAAUCAGACUGCUGCAUUUUGGAUCCUAUUCAACUCAGUACAUAACAAAAGUUUUUUCAUGAUGCAAUACAGUAAAUAAUCUAAAAAAGAACAAAGAGAGAAAGAGAAAACACCAAAGAAAAACCAAAAAGAGUAAAGGAAAAGGGCUUCUGAUUUUCCGUCCGUCAGUUACAUAAAAGAAAUGAUUCAAAAUAUUUACUCUAGAAUGACACCCAACUGAUCUACUUUCUGUUCUGUUUUCCCAGAUAGAUUAGUUCAUUUCCCCUUUCACUCAAAAAGUCCAAAAGGGGAUCUCUGAUCAUUAUCUUUAAUAAAUGCCGGCAGUGGUUUUCCUCUAAUCCAGGGGUUGGCAAACUAAGGCUCGUGGGCUGGAUGCGGCCCACUGGGCUUGUUAAUCUGGUCCGCGGACCCUGCCGCCUGCUCGGUCAGUCCCUGCACUAAAUUGGUGUGGCACGGAGGACUCACCACACAGGUACUGACCACGCAGGGGGGUCCUUUUGGGAGAGGGUGGGACUGGCCCCCCACCAUGUCUGAGGGACAGUGGACUGGCCCCCUCCUGAAAAAGUUUGCUGACCCCUGCACUAAUCAAACCGAUCAGCUUUGUCUCCCAUAACUUCAACGACCCUUCCUCCAUAUUAGACAACAAUAAGUCUUUCCAUCUUGGUCCACGCAAGAAUCUCUCCACUGUGAUCAUAUAUUAAAAUAGUGUCCCAUACUUCUUUGCUUAUUGUGUAUACGGUCCUCAUGGUUCUGAUGAAUGGUCUGAUUUAAGCAGGAAGACAGGGAUCUGCCUUGCACUGAGUCCUCCCCCAGGUGCAUCUGAUCCUGUCUGCACUGACCAUAGCUGUCAACCGUCCCUUAUUUGGCGGGAAACUCCCUUAUCCCAGCGCCGUGUCCCACUGCUGUCCCUUAUGGAUGAUGUCCCUUAAAUUUCCCGGGUUUCAAAGGAAGCAGUUCCUCUCCCUCCCUCCCUGCCGGCCAGGGAGGAGGGAGGCUCCAACUGUGUUGCUUGGCUGCGUUGCUCACCCAAUAAGGAGUCUAAGAAUGACUGGGGGGUGGAGCUUGCAUGCCUUGUGCCAAUCAAAUCGGCCGCGUUGCCUGGGGACUCGCCUUUGCUCAGCGCUUCCCAGCGGAGAGGUGACGGUGCUUUUCCUUGCUGCAUCCCCUUUGCCGGGUUGCUGUGCUGUGCGAACCACCGCUUGAGGCUUCGUUUGGCUGCUGGCUGGGCUUUCUGCCUUUGGCUCCGAGGGGCUCAGAAGUCGAACAUACCUAUGCUGGGAAAAUCCCUUAUUUUGGCUGUUGAUCCCUUAUUUUCGAGGCUGCUGGUCCCUUAUUUUCAAAUCUGUAAGUUGACAUCUAUGGCACUGAUCGACAGCAUCCCUCCUGCUUCCCGGCACAGAGUCUUUCCCAGCUGUACCUCGAGAUGCUGGGGAAUGAAUGAACUUUAUUACGGUCACAGACCAGGAUAAAACAAACAAACAAACACAUAUAAAUAAAAUAGCAGUUAGGAUUUUAUUUUUUUUAACCGAUAAAAUUGUUAGAGCAAAUAAGGACAAAGAAACAAGCAUAGGAUAAAACAUCUGAAUAAAAUACAAGAUUAAACAAAGAUAAUGGAUGGAUAAAAACAGAUAAUUAAAACAGAUAAGAACUAAAAACAAAUAUAAACACGCAGUUAAAACAACUGUAAGAGCAUCAGAACUAAAAGACUCGCAUUUAAAACAACUAUAAGAGGCUGCAGAGUAGAAGCCUCUGAAAUAGACACUCACAACAUUAGAAACUGAUGUGCAAAUAUGGUUAAAACAGACAAUUAAAACAAUGUACAACAAUAAAUUUAGAAACCAUGUACAACAAUAAACUAUCCCAGGGAGUUGACUCAGAGUCACCCAUGGAACUGAGUUGGGGAUUUUCAUGCCGGAUUAUUUUGAGUUGGGCGAUGGUCUGCGCCUACAGAUUUGUAUGCUGGGGAAUGGAUCUGCCAAGCAACGGAUCUGCCUCUGAGCUCCCUUUUGCCUUCGCCUUUUGCAGGGAAGGCUCAGUCAUGCUGCAAAUCGACGUGGACACCGAGAACGGCGGCCUCUGUGUGAACCCAGACUUCCUGGUGGAUUUCGGGAAGGAGCCCUUUGGUCCUGCUCGCGCUCACGAGAUGCGCUACCCCGGGGGAGAUUGCACAUCGGACAUCUGGAUCUAGGCAGAUCUAGGUGAUCUGGGCAGGCCUCUCUCUCCCCUCCUUCCUCCUGCUAAGCUAACUUUACGGAAGCAUCUCUUCGUCACAGGUUUUCACCCUUUAAAAAUGUCUGUAUGCCCCUGCUGAGUCAUGGGAGUCCCUCUCUCUCCCGAGUCAGCGGUUUUCUUCCCUGCCUGCCUCCAAAGUAUUUUUUUUAAUAUGUAUUUUGUACAACAAUAAACCAAUCUAAAGGGCGGGGGAGAGAAUUGCAUAGGGUGGUUUUGGCACUCAACUCAUUGCAUGACAAGACUGUUGAAAACAGAGCUGCAGAAAAUGAAUAAACAUUUUUUAAAAUCUUA